AUGGCUCCGUCAUUGUCUUUGCCCAUGCUUGAGCCUCAACCUCAUCCUUCUGACUUUCGCAGAUAUGUUCCCCAGCCAGGUCAUCCGCGCAUCAUCGGACUUGACCAGACAGAUAUCGAGACUUAUUCGAACAAGAUCGCAAGUUCUCCGCAGGUAGUGCCGGUGUUCGAGGAAUGGAAAGCCCAGUUGAAUCAGCCUUUCCAUGGGAUCACGACGGACGGGCAUCGUAAGGAGGGAAUUUUCAGGAGAGCGGAUGAGGGUGCUCCAGUUGAGGCAAUGGUCGCUGCAGCCAAGGAAGUCCAAGCCGUACUGUCCGAUUCGGAGCUGCAGGCUGUGAGCUACAGUAUUGAUUCAGAUGCUUGGAGAAAAUGGUCCAAUCCUGAAGUGUUAAUCUUCAAGUAUGGCGUGCGACUUCAUACUCUCGCGGCACACAAAAUCGCAGCAAUCCUCAGGCUGGUAGAGGUCAGUUUGAGCGAAGAAGGAUACUCGAAGGUCAUCGCUGCGAUGGAAGUGAAUCAUUUCUUGGGAGAGCUGGUCAACGCGGCGCCUAUUCUCAAUCGAUAUAGUUACCAGUUCGCACUGUACGAUACGCCCUCAACAACAAAGCCGUGGGGGUUCUCCUUAACUGGCCAUCAUACCUGUGUCAAUGUCUUCAUCCUGGGGAAACAGAUGACCAUCAGCCCGGUCUUUAUCGGCGCGGAACCAAAUCAAAUUGACGCCGGACAACGCAAAGGUCUGACUCUCUGCGUUGAGGAAGGUACCUAUGGGCUACAAUUGAUGCAGACCCUGCCGACGUUCCUCCAGCAAAAGGCGCAAAUCUACACAGAAAUGUUUACCGAGAAGAUGCCUCCCGGCCGGUGGAACCCGUAUGACCAGCGCCAUCUCGGCGGCGCCUUCCAGGACAACCGCAUAAUUCCCUAUGAGGGCAUCAAAGCCACCGAAAUGCCCUCCGCGCAGCAAGCUCUCCUGCUCAAAGCCGUCGCCUCAUUCCUCGUCCUUCUCCCGCCAAAUCCUCUCGAGGCACGCAUGUGCCAGAUUGGUGAACACCUGGAUGAGACCUAUUUCUCCUGGAUUGGCGGUUUCGGCGAUGACGAUCCGUUUUACUAUCGCAUCCAGAGCCCUAUCGUUAUGGUCGAGUUUGAUCAUCACUCGGGUGUUUUCUUGCUCAACAAGGGACCGGCUAAGCACCAUGCCCAUACCAUCACCCGGACUCCAAAUGGGAAUGAUUAUGGGAGGGAGCUGUUGAGGCAGUUCCGGGGUGGGGUGACGGAUGACUUUUGA